UUUAUACAAAAGAUGCAAGUGAUCAAAGAGAAGACAUCUAUAUUGGAAACCACAUUCCUUGUUCAGAAAGCUUCAAUGGCUACUGCAUCCAUGGGAAAUGCGAAUUCAUGUAUUCAACGCAGAAAGCUUCCUGCCGGUGUGAAUCUGGAUACACAGGACAACAUUGUGAAAAGACUGACUUUAGCAUACUUUAUGUUGUCCCUAGUCGGCAAAAGCUCACACACGUCCUCAUUGCAGCAAUAAUUGGAGCAGUCCAGAUUGCCAUUAUUGUGGCCAUUGUAAUGUGCAUAACCCGGAAAUGCCCAAAAAACAACAGAGGACGGCGGCAGAAGCAAAAUUUAGGCCAUUUUACUUCAGAUACAUCAUCCAGAAUGGUUUAGCAUAAGUUUUAUACCCACAUUGACCAAGUGAUGUACAUUUUUAUUGUCUUUUUUUUAAAUAAUGGAAAUAUUUAUUUCAGAGGCCUUAUUUUUGGACUUUUUGUGUGUGUGCAUUUGUUUUUAUUCGAAAAGUAGCUGAAACUGUGGACAGCUCAAGUAAUUUCUCAUUUUACAAUUUGGAGAAUACAGUAGUUUGAUUUUUCGAUACUUGUUUCACACGCUUAUAACAGACUCAUGGUUUACUUAUGGAAUGUAAUGGUUUUUGGAGAACAGAGACAUUUCGUCAGUGGUUGUGGAAGAAACAAAUGGGGCUGGUGAUGUUUUCUAGGGAACUGCGCCUGACCGAAGGGGUAAAGAUGUUUACAGCCUACUUUUCUUACAAGGAACUAGAAGACACUGUGUUUGAAUACCGUAGAUAUUUAAAUGUUUUUGGAAGUUUAGUAAAUGAUUUUUUUAGAUGCUGCCAAUUGCAUGAAUUGUGAAGAUGUGUACUUGUAUGUAGUUGUAACAUAUUUAUAACAUGUAUGGACUGGGUCAGGGCAGCACUAUCUUCAUAAAUAUCUGACACUUUAUUUUUAAACUGUAAAAAUUGAUAAUAAUAUACAUUUCAUAAUUGGAAAAAUUGCCCAGUAAAGCAGAGGCCAUUUGUGCUAUGGAAACAGGUCUUGGUUAGACUUGUGGGUUGUUUUUUAAAAAACAUUCUGUUGAAAAAUUAGCCUCAAGCGAUUGGGGUCCAGUCUGCAGUGAUCUUUGUUUAAACUACUGUCAUAUUUAUUACAGUUUUUUCUAAAGAGGUACCUGUUUUCACAUCAGCAAAUUUAAAUUGUAUAGUCUUUGUGAUUAAAAUGCAAAACAAAACAAAAAGAAGAAAAAUGAUUAAAUGGCAUUAAAGAUUUGUGCUUUUGUCUAGACUAUUUUCAAAAGCUAAGAUCGUGUCACAUCCAAAUACAAGUCUUCUAGUCGUAGGUAUUAUAUUAAUAGAAUGUUAGUAGUUGUUUGGAUGAUACAGAGCUAAAAUGUAACUAGGGUGUGUUCCAGCCAUUCAGCCUGUAGUUUUAGGCUUUCCAAUUCUGCAUGUAGGAUUGAAUAAUCUGUUCAAUAAAAAGGAUUUCAAUAUUUGAACUGGAAAGGCAUGUCAAUACAGUGGUUUCCAACAAUAUUCCAACUGUUCUGUGUGUGUUUAUUCAUUGCUGGAAAGAAAAGCCUUUAUGGCUUGAAGGGAAAUGGCAGAAUUAUUGUUCUGUUUGUUAUUUUUCAAAUAGCCAGAAAUCUUUUGGAAAACACUGAACUUCACCCAAGCUGCUACUCAAGGAAAAGGCUCAAUUAAAACAAAAAAGCAACAGUGGAUCUUAACAGUGCCAGUUCUCUGGAUUUACUAAUAAAUUGCUUAGCUAAACGUGGAUUAACUUGAAUUAAUUAAUUGGUACAGAAACACUGUUUGUUGUCUGUAUGUUCCUUUCCUAGCAUUGCUUCCUAAUUUUAGAGGCUUCAUAUUGCAGAAAGUGCUUGAACAAUCAACACACGGGUAUUUUGUAGUUAUAAAUGUUUGCCAAGUCACUUGGGUGGAGUUUCAGACCCUCCUUUUGAACAUUCCCCUAAAGGCAGCUGUCGAGCAAGCCUCUUGCCCUGGUGCCAGAAUUGCCCUGUUGAGGCUCGAACGGCUGUCGUGAAGAAAGCUUGGAUUUCAGCUCCAAUGAACCAGCUGAAGGUAGGCAGCAUGGAUCAUCAUGAAACCACCGUGGAGACGGGCAAAGUUCACCAGAACCGCCUGUCCAACCUCCCGGACGAUGAUGAGGAGCAAGAUGCAGCGUUUACCAUUGUCCGGGUCCUGGACAAGGUGGCCACAAUUGUGGACAGUGUGCAGGCCAGCCAAAAACGCAUUGAAGAGAGACACCGAGAAAUGGAGGACGCCAUCAAGACCAUCCAGAUUGACCUGCUGAAGCUUGCUCAGGCUCAUGGCAGUACUGGGUACACUGUAAACAAGCUGCUGCGGAAGACCCGCAAAGUGAGUGCUCGCGUCAAAGAGGUGCAGGCACGGGUGGAGAAGCAGGGUGCCAAUGUGCGGAAAGUUGAAGCCAAGCAAGAGGAAAUGCUGCGGAAGAACAAGUUCCGCGUUGUCAUUUACCAGGAGGACAUUCCAUGUCCGUCAUCUUUAUCAGUGAUCAAAGACAGGACAGAAGGGGGAAAUCUAGAGGACGCCUUCUGUCUUCCUGAUGACCUCUCCUCUGACGAAGAGUAUUAUAUAGAAGAAAGCAGAGCAUCUCGGUUUAAGAAAUCUGGCAUGAGACGCAUUAACAACAUUAAAAAGGCAUUUUCCAGGGAGAACAUUCAGAAGACAAGGCAAAAUUUUGGUAAGAAGGUGGACAGACUUCGAACAAGAAUAGUGACCCCAGAGAGGAGAGAGCGAAUCCGGCAGUCAGGAGAGAGGCUCAGACAAUCUGGGAUCAGAUUCAAGAAAACUAUAUCCGAGGCAGCCCCAACCAAGGAGACAUUCAAGAAGAAUAAGAAAAUGAAGGAGCCAAUGACAACUGAAGAGCGAGGAAGUGUCCAGGAUGCCAGCACUGAUACAGCAGUGGACAGCAGAGAGGCUGAACCCUUCACAGAGGAAAUCUCCUACACUGAAGUGAUAACCAAAGUGAAGAAAGACAGGGGUGGGAACGCCAAAGGCCCUUUGCAGGCAGAGAAGAGAGCAAUUACUCCAGAAAAAAUUGUGCACAGGCCAGAAAUCAAAGAAGAUGAGGAUGCCCUUCUACUGGAUCUGAAGCCAACCGCUUAAGCAGGCAAUGCC